AUGGCGAGCGAAAAUGAAAGUAUAGAGCUGCCGUCUGACACUGGCGUCGAGGGCAGUACCGAGACUAUCGAAGAACGCUGCUUCUCGGCGGCGCUGAUAUGUCUCGAAGGCCACUUUACACAGUCGCCACCCAUGGGCCCCAAGACGGCGGCCAGGGUCAAUAGCAUGAUUUCAAAGACGUUGGAAAAGACGCACAUACUCAGGAAAGUAAGAGAGACGCUGUCCAACAAUGUGGAGAUCUGGGUCUGGCUCACGAGGAUCCUCGCCGCCUCUGUUCCAACUCUGACAGCGCGCUCCGUCGGUCCCUUGUCUAGCCUCAAUGACCCCGAAAAGGGCGUCAGUCCGCAUGAGAGUACCGGCUUGAUUGUCAUGAAUUACGACAAUAUCAAGAAUGAUCUCUCAAUUCUCACCAAACUCAUGCACAUCUCGAGGAAUCUGCUCGUUAACGCUGAGCCCCAAGUCCCUCAAGACAUAUGUGCUGCUGUGCACUUUGACCAAAUGGUCUAUCAGACAAUCAUUCUUUGUGUCAAUGUCACCAGCAAAGGCUAUGAUAGCGAGAUACUGGACGAGGCUGAUAGAAUAAAGCUGGCCGAAAUUACCGAGCUAUAUAAGAAAUUGCUUGUGACAUCAUUGCAGCAAGCUCACAAUUGGAUCGCAAAGCAUGAUCGCAACAAAAUGUCAUUUUGGUUCGACGUGCUAUUCGACGAUGAUGGGGUUGUGCCUGGGCACGACGACUCAGUUACCGACUGCUCCGGCUUUCGCCCCGAAGUAGCAAAGCAAGAGGUGCAGCAUUGGCUGGAACGCAACUCUAGAAUGUGUGACAAGGCGCGCCAGUUGUUGCGCGUUUAUGCCAAAAAUUUCGCUGACAAAAUCCCGGGCAAUUUAGCCCCCAUCCGACCUCUUGCCUGGAACUGGCUUCCAGAGGCUUCUUCGCAUGCUUCUCCCGAUGAGGCUAGCGACAAACCGAUACAGUUUACGUGGAAGUUGGAUGAACCCGAUAAGUUCGAGCAGGAUCGCCAUUAUGGAAGAGUUUCUAGAGAGAUCGAUACUUGGUGGUUGAAAUCCCGAGAUCCCAACUACGACGGAUGGGUUGUUGGCAUGCCUUCUGUCGAAUCAGCGCAGGCAAGGCUGGAGCACUGCAAGACAAACUUGGUUCACAGAUACUCUCAUUCCUACCGCGAUGACAACUCACUGCCACCGGAUGGAGCCGACGAUGAAAUGUCAGAGCACGAUCAUUGCCCCAACUGUCAUCAAUGUCACCAUGACGACUAUGAGUCGGACGAGCAUGAGCACGAUCACGAGCACGAUCACGAGCACGAUCAUGAACAUACACAUGAGCAUGAACACGAUCACGACCACGAGCAUGAUCAUGACUGCUAUCACGGGCAUGAUCACGACCACGACCACGACCAUGCGCAUGACCAUGACCAUGACCAUGAAUAUGAGCAUGAGUGCGAGCACCAUCGGCACUGUCACCAUCAUGAUCAUGAUUACGCUCACGACUACGUAGACGACAUACUGGACGACGACGAGGCAGACGACGAAUCGUAUGGAGACGGGCCAUUGACUGGCUUGCUCACCGAGGUACCCAACAUUCUGGAUCCCAAGCAGAUUGAGGCGCUUCACAUGAUUAUUAAAUCAUGCAUAUAUGACAAGUCUGGAUCGGGCACUACGCCCGCCGGCGAAAACUUGCAAAGGACUCGAUGCAGAAUGUUCUUGGCACUAGAUUGUGGCAAGAGUCUGUUGCGCGAGCUUUUGGUCUUCAUUGCUGUCUGGGAUAAGGAAGAAGAUAGCUUGAUCUACCAAGUCACCAUGCAGAUUGUUGAGGCUAUCCAUUGCAGUGCGCUCAUUCCUUACGCCUGGAACUCGCUCCGCAUUUCCAAAGAUAUCGUCUCGCCCGCGCAGACGGUACUUCUGCGUCUCGUCGGUGACAUGCUGGCCGGGCGCACCGUCGGCGGCUCCAUGCCCAAAGAUGGGCCUGCCGGAGAGGGCAAAGAAAAGGACGAGCGCGAUUUGAAGCUGGUGCACUUCUUCUACAGCUCGUUUCGCAGCCGCAUCGUGCCCGAGUGCGCAGCGCUCAUGCACCUCCAGGCGCAGAUCCGCGCAGGCAAAUCCGACGCCUCUGAAUUUCCUGUGGACACGUGGGACAUGGAGCGUGCCAGGGAUGGUUUGGCUCAGUAUCUCGACUUCUUGAAGACGGUGGCCGAAAUGCCUGACAUGCGACUCAAGCUGGUUGAGUGGGAGGCCGUAUACGACCUCGUCACCAUCUUGAGCGGCGUCGAAGCCGCCGUGGCCAAGAAGCCACUCGUCCAUGUGCCCCAGCGAAACGCCUCCGCCGCUGACACUGACCCUAUGGUGGAGCGGCCGUAUGCCAAGGGCGCUGAUACGCUCGCCGCUGGCGCCCCGUCGCCCCUUCUUCAAGAGCCCGCGCACAAGUUCGCCUGGUCUGGCAUCAAGAGCCAAAUAUUCGUCAUCAUUGCGACGCUACUGCAGCCGCCGCCGGACAGGCACAGCCCAGGUAACCCCGAGGUGCAGAUGCAAAUGGUGCGGCACAAUGGCAUUGCCCCGUUGCUCAGCAGCACCGUCUACGACGAUCACAACCCAUACGCCAAGGAGCGCGUUACCAUCUGCCUUAAGUGGCUGCUCGAUGGGUGCGACGCGGCAAGCGAUUUUAUCCGGCAGCUCAACCGCGCCGAGCCCGCGCCGAAUCUUCAACAGCCGGCCGCCGGGUCCGCGACAGCCACGCAGACGCUACGCGUCGACGGCGUCGGCGGUGACGUCGACGUCAAGGUUAGGGUCCGGCGCCGCCAGCCGCGCUUGGUGGGGGGGAUCUCUCCGCUUCCUGACGACGAGCAGCAGGCGCAGGUGGAGGAGACGACCGAGGCGCUGAGCGGUGCCAGCAUCGAAGACGAUUCUAUGGCAUAG